AUGAGAAGAGAAGCAACAAGCACGAACCUCCAUUCCUCCUCCGACAACUCCUCCGAUGCCACGAUACGACUUGACUCAAAUCAAAGGUUAUCAUCACAUCCAAUUUCUUCUUCAAAAAUCGAGCCAAUUCUCGAGCAUGCUCCUCAUAUUAAAAUUAUAAUUGAAAAAUCCCUAUUGCAAAUACAAUAUGAUUUUCAUUGCUUUCAUUGCAAGAAAAUAUGGAAAAUUUUGAAUUUAUUAUUGGAGCAUUGGAUGUAUGAUCAUGUAAAUGAUUUUUGUGUGCUCAAUAUAGAUCGCACCUGUCAUGGAAAUAUUGAAGUCUUAGUGAGCUAUCAUUUAUUCUCGUCCACAAAUAAUAACCAAAAAUUCUAUGAUGUGUUGACCUUUAAAGAAUUGCCAUCCAAGAAUAUUUCAACAUUUGCUGCUGUGAAUUUAUUUUAUAAUUUUUCCUUUAACGAGAUGACACAGGAUGAAAAAAUACACAUGAAACGAUGGGUUGAAAAAACAGGAGAGAAUGUGAACCAACAACAAAUCGAAACCAUGACAGAAAUUAAUACAACACCUCACAAAAUUCAAACCUUCGACGAAUUCCAACACUUUAUUUCUACUCAUCAACAAGAAUCCCAUAUUUUCUGGAUGGAAUAUCUUGCAUAUUUGAGAUCCAUUUAUGCCCAUCAACACCUACUCUCUCUUCCUGAAUUGGAAAAACUAGAAUUGAUGAUUUUUGAACGUUUGAAAAAUUAG